AUGGGUCGAUUCAAAUCUCUUCUUUUCAUGUUGAUCAUCCUAACUCUAUCAAGGUCUUGUAUGUGUUGGUGGUUCUCUUCUUCUUCUAGCAAGACUACUAGCCAUAAACCUCAAGAAACUCUGCAGAUAUCUGGUGAUGUUCCGGUUAUAUUCUCCAUGGAAGCUUUCCACGAUCAAAGGGCAAUUCAAAGGAAGGAAGUAGCUGAUAGAAGAAAACUUGAAUCUUGUUGGUUUGAUGCUUACAGAGGACUAUUUGCAGCAUGCUCCGAAAUUUCGAGCGACAAGAAUGACAUGAAGAAGAGGUUUUCUUGGGAACUAAGCAACUGCUUUCAGAGGGAAAUCGGAAGGCCUCCUUUUCCUACAUGCCGUGAAGGCUCUCCGAUGAAAGAUUGCCUUGCGAAAUUGGAUGACAAUGCUAUUGAGACUUACAGGGCAUUUUUCAUAGAGACUGACUCUAUUUGCUUUCAGUUACAGUCUCAUGUAUUUAGGGCUGAGACAGAGAAGUUGGUGAAUCAAUUGGUGAAGUCAGCUGAUUAUGCAGAGGAAAAACUAGAAACCAUAGCAGAACAAUCAGAGAAAUUGUUGGAGGGCUCAAAAGUUAUACACAUAUCUUUGAGUGCAAUCGACAGACAGACACAAGAAAUGGCUCAAUCUUCCAAGAAAGUUGGUGAUCAAAUUGGUAAUAUAGUGAAGCGGUCAGAGGUAAUGUUUGAGCAAUCUGUGAAACUUGCUGCCUCUCAGUUAGAAUUGAAAAAUGGGCAAGACAAACUGAAGGAAAAUUUGCAAGAGGGCAUGGAAGUGAUACAUGAGUCUUAUCAUGCUCUAGGUAAGGAAAUACACAGUCUACAGAAUGAGACUAUUGAAAUAGAGAAGAAGAUAACCGAAGUUGGCGACACUGUGUCUACAAAGAUGAACAGCCUGCAAAGUAAGGCUGAUGAUAUUAGCAAUGUGACAGAAAUUUCCUUGGAAAAGCAAAAAAAACUUCUGGAAGGUCAAUCCGAAGCUCUUAGAUUCCAGGUUAAUGCUCUAGAAGAGAGCAGAGGUAUUUUGCAGCAAUUGGCUAAAUUUGGUCGUGAACAGCAAGAAGAACUUCUUCGGCAACAGGAACAGAUUAAACAAGGCCAUGACAAUCUGGUCAAAAAUUCAAGGUCCAUAUUGGCAGCUCAGGAAGCUUUUGAACAAAAGCAAGAAACCAUGUUUGUUGCUUUGGAUAAGCUAUUCAUAUUGCACAAUGCCUUGUUGGUCGAAUCAAGAUCAAUCAAAGUUUUCUUUCUGUAUUCCAUAUCGAUGUUUGUCAUCUACUUGUCGACUAGCACAAAGCAAACUUACAAAGUGAGACCUAUUCUUUACAUAGGUCUAUGCGUUGCAUUUUCGAUUGAAUUAGCAAUGCUUCGAUUAUCAACAAGUGGAGUAGAGCAGCAGGCUAUGAUUGUCAAUGGAAUUAGGCUCCUUUAUCUGUUGUUUUCUUUAGUUCUGGUAGUCUACGCCGCCUUCACAUAUAGGGACUAUGAAAUGCUGAACUACAACAUGCUGAAAAAUCUGACAGAUGAGUUCCUAAAGUUUCAGAAAAAUGCUGCUUCGCCAUGGGACAACAAUGACUCAUCAGAUGAUGAUCAAGAUGACUCAGACUGGGUUACAUCGGUUGACACUGGCGUAGAUGAUGGCAUUGAAGAUCUAUUGGAGUACUCCUCCAGUCAUUUACAAGAGGAGGUUGGAGAUAAUUCAAAUCUAAUCUCUUCGGUUACUAGAAGAUAUAAUCUCCGCGGUGGUCGUUAA